UUCUCAUCGUUUCAAAAGCUUUUGCAAGAUUUUUGAUCGCAAUGGAGGUUGAUGAUGAUGGAGGUCGUGAGAGAAGAGAAGAGACUCGUCGAGUUAACGAUCGUUUCUUCACAGCGGUCUCGCUCGUCAUUUUCACCGGAAUCUGCAAACGAGCUUCUGAUUUCGACGUGUCAGAUCCAACGGUGACGACGAAGAACGACCACGUGGCGUUUUACUGCGCGUCAGAGCUCAACAAGGUAGCCGGAAUGUGUUUUACGUUUGUGAUAGUCAGAAUCGGUUUAUCCAUGCUCGGACUCACGUUUGCGCCGGUGGUGAUGCGAAGACUACGACAAGAGUCAGACAUGAGACUGAUGAUGGGUUCUAUUUGCCUAAUGCUCUCGCUCUGUUUCUCCGGUUAUCUCCGAUGGUUCAUCGUUGGAUGAGUUUGAGUUCGCCUGAAUCCUUCCUUCCUCUGUUUUCGAUUUGGAACGGUGCCGUUUUAGUGAUCGUUAUUAAACCUUUCAUUCUGCUUUUUCUUUUUCCUUGUGUCUUCUUUAGUUUGA